AUGUUUAGCUUUUCGUUUUCGGAUCAAGAUUUCUUGGCACCCAGGUGUGUUUGGGUGAAUGGUCCUGUCAUAGUCGGUGCUGGUCCAUCCGGCCUGGCCGUGGCAGCUGGCCUUAAAGGACAAGGUGUGCCUUAUGUCAUGUUAGAAAGAGCUGAUUGCAUUGCCUCUUUGUGGCAAAAGCACACUUAUGAUCGCUUAAAACUUCACCUCCCUAAACAAUUCUGCCAACUGCCUAACUUCCCAUUUCCUGAAAACUAUCCUGAGUACCCCAACAAGAAACAGUUCAUAGAUUACCUAGAAUCAUAUGCUAGGCAGUUUAACAUCAGUCCACAAUUCAAUGAAUGUGUAGAGUCGGCUAAAUAUGAUGAGGCUUGCCGUUUGUGGAGAGUUAAGACUGUUUCGACUAAUGGCUCCACUAGGUCUGAGGUUGAGUACAUUUGUCAAUGGCUAGUGGUGGCAACAGGGGAAAAUGCAGAGCGAAUUAUGCCGGAUAUUGAAGGCUUGCAAAACUUUGGUGGUGAAGUUAUUCACGCUUGUGAUUACAAAUCUGGUGAGAAUUUCAGAGGGAAGAAUGUUCUUGUUGUAGGAUGUGGAAAUUCAGGCAUGGAAGUCUCUCUUGAUCUUUGCAACCAUGAUGCCAAGCCUUCAAUGGUUGUUCGCAGCUCGGUUCAUAUAAUGCCACGAGAAAUAUUUGGCAAGUCUAGUUUUGAGCUGGCAAUGUUUAUGCUCAAGUGGCUGCCAGUAUGGCUGGUUGACAAGAUUUUGCUGUUCUUAACAUGGAUGAUUCUUGGAAACAUUGAGAAAUACGGUCUAAAACGGCCAUCAGUGGGUCCAUUGGAACUAAAGAACACUCAAGGAAAAACCCCUGUUCUAGACAUUGGUGCACUUAAAAGGAUCAGAUCCCGCGAAAUAAAAGUAGUUCCCGGGAUCAAGAGGUUCUCGUGCGGCAUGGUCGAGCUUGUAAACGGUGAACAGCUCGAAAUUGAUUCAGUUGUUUUGGCUACCGGAUAUCGCAGUAACGUUCCUUACUGGCUACAGGAAACUGAAUUCUUCUCAAAGAAUGGGUUCCCAAAGGCACCAUUUCCUAAUGGAUGGAAAGGAAAGUCUGGAUUGUAUGCUGCUGGAUUUACAAGGAAAGGACUAUCUGGUGCAUCUGCAGAUGCUACACGAAUUUCGCAAGAUAUUGCCAAAGUUUGGAAAGAGGAUUUAAAGCAAAAAAAGCAAAAAGUCCCGACUCACCGAAGAUGCAUUUCGACAUUUUGA